ACAUUGAAGGUUGUAGACUGUCGAGUCAUCAGUGCUCGAGUCGCCGUCGUCGCCAUCGUCGCCAUCGUCGCCAUUGUUAUUGUUGCUGUAAUUGGUGAUAUUAUCACUGGCCACCGUAUUGUUUCCCGAGGACAAAAGGAUGCUGUGGGCCUUGAUCUUCGGUAUACGUAAUGUAUCCUCUGAGUCUGUCAAAUUUGACGUAGCUGAGUAAGUUUCUUAUCGCUAAUCUGUAUAUCUUUUAUGCUUACUUGUGGUGGGAAAACGAUGGAAGCGGUAGAGGCAGUACAACUUGACUGUUACGGUCUGGCUGCUCAUGUUCUCCGUGCUGAAUUGUCAAACGAAUGGGACCACUGGCAAGGUCGAUUUUGCCCUCGAUGGCGCAAUAAGGACACCCAUACGCAGUACUUGCGGGGCGCGCUCUUCCGCUGGGAUUUGGCGCUGCACAUCCUCUCCUUGCAUGAAAUAGGCAGUGAAGUAUUAAUCUUUUGUAAUUCUGGACCUUGUUUGGUUAUGCUGAAGUGCUUCCAAGUCGCGAAGGAUAAUGUCUUUAUCAGACGGUGCCUCCAUGGCGAGAUCAAGAGCGACAAUACCGGUAAAGUUGUAAUGAAGAACGUCAUCAGCACCUUCAGAUGGAAAAAUCGGGGAAGAGCAGCCACCAGGUCGCCCAGAAAAAUCCAUUCGCAUAAAAAGUUUCUUUUUCCGUACUCCGCCAGGUGAAAAUCGACAACCUCCCAAAAUACUUCACGUACACGUGCCUUCAUUUUGUCAUAAGCUAUUCGUUGAAGAUCCGAUGCAG